GACAUGAGGCGGUGCGAGGGUAGGGUCCGGACUACGAGAGGGAGCGGUGGUUCUGUUGUUACAUGGGCAAGAGCUCUCGGAAACUGCACAGUUCCCGCCUGAAGCACGCCGCGAUGUUGCCUCUGUCACUCGCUGCUCUCUUCUGCCUGGUGCCGCCGGGGCUCCCGCAGAGACCCGAACCCAUCUUCACCGCCGCGACAGACUCCCUUCUCCCUCCCGAUUACGAUAACAACCCGACCCAGCUGAAUUACGGCGUGGCCGUGUCUGACGUGGACAACGAUGGAAGUCUGGAGAUAGUGGUGGCGGGGUACAAUGGCCCCAACUUGGUGCUCAAGUACGAUAAGGUCAGGAAGAGGCUUCAGAACAUAGCAGUCGACGAGUGGAGCUCCCCAUACUACUCCCUCCGUGAUCGCCAGGGCAACGCCAUCGGCGUGGCAGCCUGUGACAUUGAUGGCGAUGGAAGGGAGGAAAUAUAUUUCCUGAAUACUAAUAAUGCCUUCUCAGGCAUGGCCACUUACACCGACAAACUCUUCAAGUUCCGAAAUGGGAGGUGGGAAGACAUCCUGAGCGAUGACAUCAAUAUCCAUAGACGGGUGGCCAAUCACUUCGCUGGGCGAUCGGUGGCAUGUGUGGAUCGGAAGGGCACCGGGAAGUACUCUGUAUAUGUGGCCAACUAUGCCAGCGGUAACAUCGGCCCUCACGCACUGAUAGAGAUGGAAGAAGCCAGCAGCAACGUCUCGAUGGGAAUCAUCGCGCUUUCCAACGUGGCGGUAGAGGCGGGGGUCAACAAGUACACAGGUGGCCGGGGUGUAGCGGUUGGGCCGAUCGUGAGCUCCCACAACUCUGACAUCUUCUGUGACAACGAGAACGGACCCAACUUCCUGUUCAAGAACAACGGAGACGGCACCUUCACAGACAUCGCGGCAGAGGCAGGAAUUGAUGAUCCUCAUCAGCAUGGCCGUGGGCUGGCCCUGGCAGACUUUAACAGAGAUGGGAAGGUGGACAUAGUCUACGGCAACUGGAUGGGACCUCACCGCUUCUAUCUACAGACCACUGUGAAUGGAAAAGUCCGUUUUAGGAAUAUCGCCACGCAGAACUUUGCAUUGCCAUCACCAGUCCGGACAGUGAUCUCGGCAGACUUUGACAAUGACCAAGAGCUCGAGGUGUUCAUCAACAACAUCGCAUAUCGGGGUUCCUCAGCCAAUCGUAUCUUCAGGGUCUCACGCCGGGAAGGAGCAGAUCCACUGAUAGAGGAGGCCAACGCUGGAGAUGCUGCAGAGCCAACAGGACAAGGGACAGGUGCCGUGGCAACGGACUUUGAUGGAGAUGGGAUGCUGGACCUCAUCAUUGCCCACGGAGAGUCCAGGGCUCAACCACUUUCCGUCUUUAAAGUGACCCAGGGCUUUGACAACAACUGGUUGAGGGUCAUCCCUCGUACGAGGUUUGGGGCGUUCGCCCGAGGGGCAAAGGUCGUGCUGUACACAAGGAGAACCGGGCCCCAACUCCGCAUCAUUGACGGUGGCUCGGGCUACCUGUGCGAGAUGGAGCCAGUUGCUCACUUCGGACUGGGGAAGGAUGUGGCCACUCACCUGGAGGUGACUUGGCCAGGAGGCACGUUCGCCUCUCGAGGCGUCUCCCUCAGUGACAUGAACUCCACCAUCGAAGUGCUGUUUCCAGAGGAUGGAGGACAAGCCGGCAGCCUGGAGAUUGAGUGCGGACAAGGAUUUACAGCCGAUGGAAGAGGUCGCUGUACAGACGAAGAUGAGUGUGCCCGCUUCCCACUGCCCUGCCCCAGCAACAGGCCUAUCUGCAUUAACACAUUCGGGGGUUACAGGUGUCGCCCCAACCGGAGGUGCAAUCGGGGCUACGAGCCCAACGAGGACGGGACGGCGUGUGUGGGAAUUCCUGCCCGGAAGAUGUUGUCUUCCCUCUGAGACUUCGUUUCCAAGCAACAAGCAGCAGCUCCCUCCCACUGACCACACCAUCCCAAAUGGUCAGGCUGCACUUGGGAACAGAGGGUUACAGUUAAUGUUUCGAAUUGUAUUGAUUAGUAAGCUGAAGCAUUCCCACACCUGCUGAGUAUUCCCAGAAAGGUUUAUUUCAGAUUCCUGCUUGCCUGCUUUUGUUAAAUUCUGUAAUUCCAGGUAACCUGUCCCUUUUCUCUCUCCUCCUGAUCUCCCCAGUUUCCCCAGCACCCACUCCAGCCCCCAUCACCCUGAUUCUUUCCCCUCCUCCCACCCACUCCAUUUGCGCAUCACCCACACACCCCUCCCGCUGGGUCCCCUCCACUCUGAUUAAUAAAUUACCCCAAAUGAAAGAUUUUGUAGUAACUAACCUGAUCUCACAGAGUACCAAGGUGUUCUCUAGCUGACAAAGGAGUUUGGUUUGGUCACUAAUGUCAUGGCCAAUUUGUGUACAGCGUCCCUGACUACCUGGGCUGCCAGGGGUGGGGGUGGACACAGAUACGAUAGAGGCACUAGGAGGCUCUCAGAUAGGCACAUGAAUGUACAGAAAAUGUGAACUGACCCCCACCUCCCUCCCGUGAUUCCAGGCUCCACCUUCCUCUCCUAUCAGAUCCCACCAUCUGCAGCCCUCUGUCACCUCCCGGCCUCUGUCACUGUUCCCACUCUCCCCUCCUCCAUCUGCCUAUCCCCCCUCCUCACCUGGAUCUACCCAUCACCUGCCAGCUCUUGCCCUCACCCCUUCCCCUCACCUCUUCAUACUGACUAUCUCCCAUCUAUUUUUCAAUCCAGACAUCGUCUCGACCCGAAGCGUCAACUGUCCAUUUCCCCCCACAGAUACUGCUCGACCCGCUGAGUUCCUCCAGUUUUUGUGUUGCUCCAGGUUCCAGCAUCUCCCCUUUGUUUGAAUUGUGGUUGCUUUCAGCUGCGUCCUGAGAUAAGCUGAGAUACAAACUUUUCUUCUUUCUUCUUUUCUUUCUCUUCCUAACCAGCCCAAGUUGCGUACUUCGGAGGAGGUUUCUCGUCCGCUCCACAGCUCACUUGCCCUCUCUACCUACCCAUUGCGCUUCUCUCUGGCCUCGUCUACUGGCUCCAAGCCUGAGAUCCUGACCUGCUGCCCAGCAACUUGACACUUGGAACCCUCUGUCUUCCACUGCCUCAGCUGUCCACGGUUUGAACAGAAUUGAGAAAAAAAAUGGCAAAUGUUCUCUCUGUUGGUUUGCUACCUUUUGGUGCUCCAUGCAGUCAAAGUCCAGAUGAAUACACGAUCUCAGGCACACACAGAAUGUUCCCAUUGAAUGUUAAAAUUGCAGUGGGUGUCCCUUUGAUCUCCUUCUGUAGAGUAAUCCCAGGCCAGGCACACUUGAAUACAUCAAACCCAGGAGGUGUUUGAUCGGAAUUUGAUUGUAUGAUACCAGAGCGAUAAGCACAAAAGCCAGACAGUGAAGACCCAGAGGAGCAUUCACACAGUGCACUGCACUCCUGAUGUACACGUCACAUGUGCGUGUGGUCACACACACACACACACACACACACACACACACUCAUGCACAUAAGUGGACACACUAACAAGUAUGUGGACAUACAUGAGCACAUAAACAUGCAUGAUAUACAGACAUGUAAACCUAUAGGGACAUGCAAGAACAUAUACAGAUGUCCAGACAAACAUAUGCACACUUACAGAGAGGCACACACACAUAAGUGUGGAUAAACAAACUGCCUACACAACAUGCCUGUGCACACACACAUACACACUGCAACAUGUGGAUGCAUCUGCUUACAGGCACACACGCCUGCACAUACACACAUACACUGACACACACACCACACACACACACACA